CGCGAGUAAACUUACUUGGGAAAACUGUCAAAUAAAUUCUCGUACUAUUGUCAAAAAAUCAAUUAAGUCCUCGUACUUAUUUGGAAAUCAAUUAAGUCCCUGAAGUGUUAAAAAACAUUCAAUUAUGCCAUUUAACCGGUUGUGAUCCGGUUAACAGGUAAACUGUGUACAGUGGCAGUACACAUGGAUUUUUUCCCUCUUUUUCAUUUUAUUUUCUUUCUUCCUCUUCUCUCUCUUUAUUCUCCCCUCACGCGUCUUCUUCCCUGUUCUUUACCCGCACUUAUUUCUGCGUUUUUCCCCCUUUCUUUAUCUUGUUGUUUCUUUCAUUCUCUCUUUCUUUUCUUAUUCUAAUUCUUUCUACAAAAGAACAUCAAUCAUCGCUGCUCAAGUCUUCCUCACCCGCCGCUGGCGGCCAGCCGUCGUCCACAAAACUUCAAAUUUUCUAACUGCCGAUUAGCCGGUAGAUCCGGAUUUCGCGAACCAACGUUGUGUGUCGCUCUUCGCCUGUGAUUUCUUCUAUCUUCCUCUCAUCGUCCACAACCAAAACUUACCUAACUGCCAUCGUACGCCGCUGGUCUCUCAUGUCUUCCUCAACCGCCGACUGUUGGCCACAAUAUCUCCAUCCGCCGCCGCCGCCCAUCCAAAGAAAGAUAAUCGGGAAGACUGGAAAAAAGAAAGAAAAGAACGUGGAAAAGAAAGAAAUUGAGGGAGGGGAAAGAAAGGGCACGGGAAGAAGAAGAAGAAAAGAAAUAAAGAGACUGGUCGCUGCAACUUUAAGGAUGGGAAGAAGAAGUCAGGAAAAGAAUAAAGAAAGAGAAAAAGUAAAAGAAAAAGAAAAAAGUAAUGAACGAAAAAUCAGAAUCAUUGCCACAUGGGUGUCCACGUCACCUAUUACCGGCAACAUUUAUAUCCAACCGGCUAAAUGGCCUAAUUGAGUCUUUUUUAAUACUUUGUGGACUUAAUUGAUUCACAAACAAAUAAGUACGAGGACUCAAUUGACUUUUCGUCAAAAGUACAUGGACCUAUUUGACAGUUUUCCCAACUUACUUUUUUUCAUUUCCUUUCUUUAUUCAAUUUAAUUAUUCUUCUCUCUUCUCACCCAACUGCAUCUUCUUCGUUCUGCAUUAGCUAGCAAGUAGCAACCGGCCAUGGGGACCACCACAUCUCUAUCCAAGAAAAGGUAACCUACAGUUUUACCAAAGACUUCUUGUUCAUCCUCAACCCUACAUCGGCGGCGGAGUGGUGAGAUUUGGUGCUCCGGUGGGCGACUGGGCAAGCAUUGACUGGGUUAGCACACCAUGGUGGAAAUGUUUCCCAAAUUGAAAGCAUUUGGAGAUCCUCAUUCGGCACCCAAUUCACGCAUUCAUUUUAAUGUUGAUAUUCUGAGCAGACCAGUAUACUAAUAAUGUAAUAAUUAGGGAUUACUUAUAUUUUAUUAUUAUAUACAUCCAAUAAAUAAGAAUUUGAAGAUUGAAUAUUUCUCUAUAACAAAUCGAAAAAUCAGGUUACUAAUCUCCAUCAAAAGGUAGAAUAAUGUUCUCAUUCGUGAAGAACACUUCAAAUCCUUACUACCGAAGGUGAUAGAAAGAGGAUAUGGGUGAGUCUUGAACUCUCUGGUCACACUUGUCAACGGCUUCAUCAUCACCACCUUCGCCAAGAAGAAGAUGAACAGUCCAAGAAGCAUAAGAAUAUCAUGUACUGUUGGAGCUUUUGGUUUGGUGAUGGGAGGAUUUGGAUUGAGAGGAAGCAGCUAUAAAACAAGGAGGAUCUUCAUCAUCAUUGGAAUGUGUGGUUGCAUAAUUCAAGCGAUUGCGCCCCCUCUAUAUUAUGUUGCUCUACGUCUGGAGACUGGAAAUCUGGAAUGGGACAGACGUUAAAGCAAUGACACAUUUGGAUUUUGGAUAGCACUGAGAUAGUUGUUUAUUUAAUUAAAUUACUAUACGCAAUACUUGCAGCAUGUUUAUUUAAAUUACGUUAUUCGCCCGAAUGCUCGAUUACUUUUACGUCGUAUGAGUAUGAAAAAGAAAAAUCUAAUUUCG